AUGAGCAACCUGAGUAUUGCAGAUGCUAAUCCUCGCCUGAUGAGCGUGCGCCCAGUGACUGACUGGAGAGAGCCCUCUAUCGUCAGAAUUGAUGUCACCUUACAUGCCACCCUGGACUUGAGCUGGAAAAAUCAGUUCCUCACUUGGGAUCCCCAAAACUUCUGUGGAAUCUCUAAGAUCUCCAUCCCUGUGGACUCUGUAUGGAAGCCUGACCUCUUCGUCUCUGAAAUGACUGAAGAUCCUCAAUCCCCCACAGUUCCUUUCAUGUCCCUCUCCAGUGAUGGCACCAUCAACCAAUGGAAACCAAUCAGGAUAGUGAGCACUUGCAGCUUGGAUAUCUACAAGUUUCCAUUUGACACCCAGAAGUGCAAUCUGACCUUUGGUCCCUAUGUGCAUACAGUUCAGGACAUAGUGGUGGUGCCCAAGUCCAACUCCUCUGCAGUUACACAAGCUUCCCAGGAGAAUUAUGCGAAAAGCGAAUGGCUCCUCGGGAAAGUGGAUGUUCUGAGCAAUAACGUAUCCACUGAGGAGAAAGAAUGGAGUCAAGUCACAUAUCAGAUAACCAUACGGAGGGUACCCAUCCUCUAUGUCAUCAAUCUCAUAGUCCCUGCCGGUUUCCUGGUGCUUGUGGAUGUUGCCAGCAUGUUCAUACCGAUGGAAGGAGGCGAGCGGCUGGGGUUUAAAAUAACAGUUGUUCUGGGAUUCUCUGUGCUCUUGCUGAUAUUGAACGAUUUGCUUCCCAAUUCAGAAGUCACGCCAAUCUUGGGUGUUUUCUGUGCUGUGUGCCUGGUGAUCAUGAUAAUCAGCAUUGUCGAUUCCAUCUUUAUCUCCUACAUGCUGCAUCUCUCAGCAGUGCGACCGGAUGUGCCCCAGUGGCUGAAGAUCUGGGUACUGAAGCAUUUGGCUUUCAUACUUCGCAUUGACACAGGAGAAGUUAGUGAAAGCAAUGUUGCGGGAGUCAGGAACACAAACAAAGCUACUUCUGUGGUGGGAAAAGAAGCAGACAUACAAACCAGGAGGUGCUUACAAAAAGAACAUGACAGUGCGGAAAUUAAACUGCUGAAGAAGGUGCUCCUGGAGCUCUUAAUGAUCCGUCGUCACAUGAUCAUGAGUAAGAGAGAAGAGGAGGCCAAAUCAGAGUGGAAUAUGGUGGCCUUUGUCCUUGACAGAUUCAUCCUGAUUUGCUACCUCCUAACAGUAUUCAUUAUUUUGAUAACAGUUGUGGUAGUUUGGGCUUUCUAA